AUGGUUCUGGUUGCCUGUGGAUGGAGGCAUACAAUAUCUGUCUCAUCUUCUGGUGGUUUAUACACUUAUGGGUGGAGUAAGUAUGGUCAAUUAGGACAUGGAGAUUUUGAAGACCACCUCAUACCUCAUAGGCUGGAAGCCCUGCGUGAAAAUUUUAUUUCACAGAGAUCUCAAUACUCUGUUCUCUUUCUCUGUCUUCUUGGUGACAAGAAAGUAGUUCAGAUCUCAUGUGGGUGGAGGCAUACACUUGUUUUUAUUGAAAGACAAAAUGUAUUUUCUUGGGGAAAAGGUACAAAUGGACAGCUUGGGCAUGGGGAGUCAGUUGACCGAAACAUUCCAAAGAUGAUAGAAUCUCUGAGUGCGGAUGGAUCUAGUGGACAACAGAUAGAAUCUUCAAAACUUGACCCAUCUACAGGGAAAGCUUUGGUUUCUCCAAUUGAGAGAUAUGCAGUUGUUCCUGAUGACAACGUAAGUGUUCCUUCCACAGUCUUCAUUGUCUUCAUUACUGGUAUGAUGGAAGCGGCACUCAUUAAAAGAAAAAAAAGGGGAGGUGGAAGAGGCAAGAUUAAGUGUUCUUACGAGUAAAUCAAAUUCUAGGGCUUGAAGCUACAAACUAGUUAUUCAUAUUUAAGUUUCAACAAGCACUGCAUAGUGCAAUACAAAUGAUAUUUAAGCAUACACGUAUUUGA